AUUACGUGAAAAAAAGAUAGUAUACAAGUUUCUUGUAUCUCAAACACUUCAGGACUGAUCGAUUAAUUAGUUCGUUCAUCGUCAAUUAGGACUUUUCUUGUACUCUUGACUUUCCGAUGGCAAUGUAUUGCAAAUAUCGUUAAAAAUCGCCAAUUUUUUCGUGCGAUUCAAAGUUCCAUAAAGCUGCCACUGUUCAGUAAUUUCUCCCCGGUGUUAAAAUGUUACCCAGAGGCGUAGCCGAGGUUCGAGAGGCGAGGAGCGAUAGACACGAGCGCGUAAUUGUAGGCGCGGCGAAGAUGCCUCGACCGUGCCUUUUCCAUUUGUCGAGGCAGCGAGCGUCGAAGCAUCUUAUACCGUUCGUCCUCGUGGGCAUUCCAACCGGGAAUUCUCCUCGGCCAAGUCGUGCCUGCGGUAGAAACACGCGUCGUGGCCUGCCGCUCGCCGGUACUUUCGAGUGCUCGUAAAACCCGCCGUUUUCUCGCUCCGCGCUGCUUUUCGAGUGCCGCCGAAUUUUCUUCCUCAGUCAGGGAGGGCCAUCAUCGAAUAGGAAAGUGCCGUGACUACUUGACCCCGGGUCCUACGCUCGAAACCGGAUUGAAUAUUGCCCGGCGGGAUGGACGCGGAGACCGGGGCCAUUUUGGCCCUACAAAUAUUGGCUCUGUGUUCGAUAGUGGCCGCCCUAUUGGCCUACCUAAUGCGGCAAUCGAGGAAUGCCACCGACGAGUACGAGACCCGCAACAAACGCCACGUACUCGUGACCAGCUGCGAUACCAGCGUAGGCCUGCAGAUCGCUGUUGCGCUUUACGAGGCUGGAUACAAGGUGUUCGCCGGUUUGCUGGACCCGUGCGGUAUGUCGCCGUCGAUGAAAAUUCUCAGGGCGAUAGAGCAACAGAGGGAGAAGGAGGAGGACGGGCCGGUGGACGCGAGUUACGGUAACCCGCAAGACCCGGAAGUACGUGCUCACCGCCAAAUCGUGCCACUGGAGCUGGACUCGACGAGGGAGGACAGUUUACGCGCUUGUUUGGACGCAGUUAGAGCGAAACUUCCGGCUGGCGAAGACGGUCUCUGGGCAGUUGUACACACCGGCGGCUUGGCUCUUCCGGGUGUUAUAGAGAGGCAGCCGAGUUCAGCGUGGGAAUCCAUGCUGCGACACAAUUUAGUCGCACCGCUGAGAACCGCGAGGAUGUUCAUUCCUCUUUUACGUGUAAAAAGAGGACGAAUCAUUCUUUUGGGCGACUCGACGACCAGCUACGGUACCAAAGCGGGAACAGGGCUGGUAGCAUUCAGUGCCUCUAAAAAAGCCGUGGAAGGAGCCGCGGAUGCUUUAAAGAGCGAACUACAAUCCUCUGGGGUCGACGUCGUUCUUCUAAAACCGCCGCCCGUGAAUCCUCUCAUUCUUUACAGUUCACCCGUACUGAAAACGUCUGACGUAGAAUCGGGAAUAGUUUCAUCCGAGGGGACGUGGACAGCGCCUGUGUCGACCCAGGCUAUUCAGAACUCGUUGAUGCCGGCGCUAACAUCACCCUGUCCACGGAUGUCUUACGAGAUGGUCGCGAGAUCGAGACUCUUUUGCAAAUAAUAAUUGAUUGACGGCGAUGCUUUGUAAAAUUAAUCUAUCAAUUAAUUGUAAAUGCGCCAGAGGCUUAGAGUUUUAAGAACCCUGUACAGUUUUGUAAUUAAUACGGUGUUAACAAAAAUUUUCAUUCUAUUGACAA